AUGAGUAAUUUCACCUCAACUUCAGGAUGUCCUUUCAAAUAUCCAACUGAGCAUCUCAAAAAUGAUAGUAAAAGCAUGACAUUUAGAGAUUUCAUGCAAUAACAAUAAAUCAAAGAAGAUUAAAAGUUUCAAUUAACAGGACGAUUGUCUACUCUAUAAGCUUCCCCUAAAAUUUCUAAAAAAUCUAGAUGUGAAAAAUAACUAAGCACUCUAUUACGCUAAGAACCACAAAAUCAGUUCAUAAUUAAACAUGAUUCAUAAAGUUAAGUGACAAUUAAUGACUUUGGAAAUAAAAUAAAGACUUUUAAAACUCAAGACCUUACUCCUACUAAAACAAUUUUUCAUUUACCUAUGAUUAGUGAUUCUUAGAUUUGUGAUAUAAUUCUACCCAAUACUCCAGUUCAUUUCAAAUUUACUCCACAUUAACAUAAAAUCAAGAACCCUAAUAGUAACAGUUUACGAAAUGUUCAUGAAUAGCUUUAGUAACUUCGUAGACCUAAAGCAUUAUAGAAUCAUCGAGAAUUAAAACAACUUCCAAAAACAUAAACAUAAACAGAAAUCAUAAGCAAAUUUUUUGAGACUAAAUUCCAAAAGAUAAUAAAGACCUAAAUCAAAUAAUAUGGCAGUAAUGAAUUACUUGAUUAACAUUCUGAAUCCCUUUAUCAUCGAGUCAUUUAAGACCGUUAACUAAAAACUAAGUACUAAGGAAAACAUCUUAAAUAUCUAAAAGAUAUUUAUAAGAGUAUUUUAGGAAUUGGAUACACAUAAUAAAUCCUACUUGAUCAAUUCAGAAUGAGGAGUAUUCAUGCUCCAUUAUUUAUAAAGAAAGAAUAAUUCAUUAGAUUCAAAUAUCUUUUUAUCAAUCAAUAUAUGGAAAUGGAGACUCCAGUUGAAUUAUUAUUUAAGGGUUGUUACAAAUUAGAAAAUUUUAAACCUUUAAUUCUUAAUUAAAGAAGUGAUUUCGAAAUAUUUGGUGGAGAAUAUGGAAUCAAUGAAGUAGCUAAGAAUAUGUAUGAAAAGAUAUUCAAAGAUUACACUUUAAGUCCUUAUUUCAAGGCUAUUGAAUUGGAAGAAUAAGCUGUUAAAUUUGCUAAAUUAUUUGCUUAAUUAAUUGAUCAUACUGAAUCUCCUAAUUAUACUCUUGAAGUACUGAGAGAAAGACAUGUUAAAUAUAAAUUAACACAUGUUCAAUUGGCUAAUUUUAAAUUCUAUUUAUCUACUGCUUUAUAAAAAUUAGGAAUUGGAUAUAAACAUUUAAGAAUAUUAUUAAGAAAGAUGGAUACUUAUAAAUUUGCUAUAUUGAAUAAACCUUCACUAUAAGAAUGUAUUAAUAAUGCUCCUGGAGGAUAUAGAGAAUUUAUUGAAAGUUUUGUUCGUUUGUGUUCUAGUGAACCUAUCCUCUAUGAUUUAGUUUAGAAGAGAGGUAAGUAAAGAUUUACUGCUCAUUGUGAAAAUGUCUUUCAUUAUUUUUUCAGAGACAAUGUUAAAUCAAUAACUGAUGAUGAUAUAGAAUCUAUUCAUAGAAAUAAAACAAUCAUUUCAGAAAAAGUGUAUAGGAAAUUUAAAGAAAAAGCUAUGCAAGCUGUAUGCAAAGUAACAAAUGAUCCAAUUUUAUUAAGUGAUUUCGAAGAGGAUUGGGAAGAAAUUACACCUAUUUUAAUGAAUAAACCUAAAAAGACCACUAUUAAAUUACUUGGAGGUUAAGGAGUAGUUAAUCGUAUUGCAUAUAAAUUAGAAAAUGAGAUUAUGUAAAGACCACUUAUUUACAAAGUAUUUGAAGUAACAUGAUUAUCAUCUUAUGAAAGGAUAAUGAAUCUUAAGUUGGUCCAAAUUUAAAAUGUAAAUUAAAUUUAAUUCUGUAUGGGAUGCAUUUCUACAAACGUACUGAUAUUGAAGUUCUCCACAAGAGAUUACAUAUUCGAGAAUAAACAUAUUUUGAAUUUUAAUAAGUUAAAAUUUUCAUAUAUAUUUUAGGCUAUGAAGAUUGUCAUGUAGGAUGAACCAACAAAAUUAUAAUGGGUUCUAGAUGUUAUUGAUGAUUACAAGAAACAUAUUGUUUUUGAUUGA